UAUUCAAAACUUUACAAAACCCCAAUCAUAAAAACAGAGCAAAUUCAUUCAUUCAACAAAAAAACAGAACAAAAAAUAAAAUAAAAAAAACAGAGCCAAAAACAGAGCAUCAAUGGCUUCUUCAGCUUCUACAAAAUCAAUUUUCCCUUCACCUUUGAUCUCUUCUUCCUCAUCAUCAUUUUCAGAAUCAAGAUCUUCAAAAAUCUCCAAUCUCUCAUUCCUAAGCUCCAGCAGUUUUGGAACCAAACCCAACAACAACAACAACAUUAAACUUUCAUGUCAACGACGUUGUUUUGUGGUCAACAGUGUUUUAAAAACCGUUGACGAAACAAAACAAACAACACAAACCAUUUCCAAGAACAAUGUUGUUGGAAAUGAAAAACCAACGAUCUUGGUCUCCGAGAAGCUUGGAGAAGCUGGUUUACAAGUGUUGAGAAAACUAGGAAACGUGGUAUGUGCUUAUGACCUUUCACCGGAAGAGCUUUGCGCGAAGAUCUCAACCUGUGAUGCUUUGAUCGUGAGAAGUGGUACGAAAGUUACGAGGAAGGUGUUUGAAGCUGCUAAAGGAAAGUUGAAAGUUGUUGGUAGAGCUGGUGUUGGGAUUGAUAAUGUGGAUCUACAAGCUGCUACUGAAUUUGGUUGUCUUGUUGUUAAUGCUCCUACUGCUAAUACUAUUGCUGCUGCAGAACAUGGAAUUGCACUCCUUGCUGCCAUGGCUCGUAAUGUUUCUCAGGCUGAUGCUUCCCUCAAAGCCGGAAAAUGGCUAAGAAGCAAGUAUGUGGGAGUAUCAAUGGUUGGAAAAACAUUAGCAGUAAUGGGAUUUGGAAAAGUUGGAUCUGAAGUUGCAAGACGUGCAAAAGGGUUAGGAAUGAAUGUGAUAGCACAUGAUCCUUAUGCUCCAGCUGAUAGAGCACGUGCUGUUGGUGUUGAAUUGGUCUCAUUUGAUCAAGCAAUCACAACUGCUGAUUUCAUCUCACUUCACAUGCCUCUCACUCCAACUACUAACAAAGUCUUUAAUGACAACACUUUUGCUAAGAUGAAGAAAGGUGUGAGAAUCAUCAAUGUUGCUAGAGGUGGUGUUAUUGAUGAAGAUGCUUUACUCAAAGCACUUGAUAGCGGAAUUGUUGCUCAGGCAGCACUUGACGUGUUCACCGAGGAGCCUCCGGCCAAAGACAGUAAGUUAGUGCAACAUGAGAAUGUGAUUGCUACGCCUCAUCUUGGAGCCAGCACCAAAGAAGCACAGGAAGGCGUGGCUAUUGAAAUAGCAGAAGCUGUUGUUGGUGCAUUGAAUGGUGAACUUUCAGCAACUGCUGUCAAUGCUCCUAUGGUUGCUCCUGAGGUGUUAUCAGAACUGGCUCCAUAUGUUGUUUUGGCUGAGAAGCUAGGGCGGUUAGCAGUGCAGUUGGUAUCUGGAGGAAGCGGAAUCCAGUCGAUCAAAGUGGUUUACCGAUCGGCCAGGGGCCCAGACAAUCUCGAUACUAGACUACUCCGCGCCAUGAUCACAAAAGGCAUCAUUGAACCCAUAUCAAACACAAUUGUCAACCUUGUUAACGCGGAUUACAUUGCGAAGCAAAGAGGCCUUCGCAUAAGUGAGGAAAGAGUCACUGUUGAUUCGUCUCCUGAGCUACCUGUUGAGUCAAUCCAGAUACAGAUAUCGAAUGUGGAGUCCAAAUUCGCUAGUGCUGUAUCUGAGGGUCAGAUAAGCAUUGAUGGAAAAGUGAAGUAUGGCACACCUCAUCUUACCUGUGUUGGAUCUUUCGGUGUCGAUGUGAGCUUAGAAGGGAAUCUGAUUUUAUGCAGACAGACCGAUCAACCUGGGAUGAUCGGUCUUGUCGGAAACAUAUUGGGCCAACAAAAUGUUAAUGUGAGCUUUAUGAGCGUCGGAAGAACAUCUCGCCGCCAGAAAGCUAUUAUGGCUAUCUGUGUCGAUGAAGAACCAAAUGAGGAAGCUCUUGACAACAUUGGAGCUGUCGCAGCCAUCGAGGAGUUUGUGUUUCUCAAGCUUUAGAAAUUGAAUUGAUAUCAUAUGAAUUUUAGAAAGUAAUACUAUAUAUAUUGUUAUUGAUUGGGGCGAAUUAACUGAAUGAUUUAAUUUGUAUGCAUGGAUAGACAGUAUAAAUCUAUUUAACACAUAGAUCCAAUCAAGAGACGUGAAUGUCUGGUUUGAUCGGAUGUAUGUAUAAAAUUUUAUACUGUCGGUGCAUAGAAAUUAAUCAGGUAAGUUAAUGAGUAUGUAUUUUUGUAUUCUCUAUGGAGAUAUAUUUUGGUAGAAAGCAUGUGGAAAGUGAUAGGCAUGUUAUGAAGUAAUGGAUGAUAGAGAGAAUAAAUAAAACUAGCUGAAAACAUAAGCAGCUAGUAGUGUGUUGUUUUCUAGCAUUAAAUAUGAACAAACUAUUUGUUGUUUGUUUUAUUGUAAUUGAUGUUGUUUGUUUGUUA